UCCCGGAGAACAUUUUCUGGCAGGACCACGGCCGCGCAAUCAUCCGCCGCCGUCGACGGUCGACGUUGUCACCAUCCAUCCGCAAGCGCGCGCCACGAACGGGAGAGCAGGCCAGCGAGCCGGACGACGGAACUGAAGAGGAAGAAGGAUUGAUCAAGCGGCCAUGGCGAGACCCAUGGACUGCGACCUGGACCGCGAGCUCCAGAACGUGUCCCUGGACACCCUCUUCCUCAUCAUCCUCCAGGCCGUCGUCGUCGUCGCCCUCGGCAAGUUCAUCCACCUCUCCCUCCGCCGCCACAACCAGCCCAGCGCCAUCUCCCAGAUCCUCGCGGGGAUCAUGGUGGGGAGCCUGGGGCUGCACGAGGUGAUCGUGCACGUGGACGUGGUGAACGUGGAGGACACGUACGGGUGGUACGUCUCCCAGGCGCGCAUCUUCUACAUGUUCUACGUCGGCCUCGACGCCGACGUCGCCUCGCUCUGGAACGACAAGCACCGCUGCACCAUCGCCACCUACGCCAGCGUCGCCACCUGCCUGCUCCUCGCCGCCUUCGUCUCGGGGGGCAUGUACGGCAGCAUGAUGCACACCCCCGUCCGCUCGCCCGAGCUGCUCGCCGCCGUGCUCAUGCUCACGCUCGCCAACACCUCCUCCGUCGACGUCUCCCGGAUGGCCGCCGAGCUCGGCCUCACCGCCACCGCCACCGGCCGCCUCGUCGUCGGCGCCGCCAUUGCCACCAACGUCAUCUGCAUCGUCGGGGAGGGCGUCUUCUCCUGCAUGAAGCUGGCGUCCGGAAGGAUCCCGGGGUACAGCGCGUCCCAGCGGCUCGGGCUCGGCGUGCUGGCGCUCUUCAAGGUCGGCAUCGUGCUCGCGCUGCUCCGGCCAGCCGUGGAGUACAUGAACCGGCGCAACGCGGGGCGGCACCGCAUCGGGAACUGGGAGCUGGCGCUCAUCCUCAUCGCCGUAUCGUACAUCGGCGACUUCCCCCGGCGCGUCGGCUUCGACGGCAUGCCGGCGAGCCUCCUGCUGGGGCUGGCGUUCCCCAGGGAGGGCCCCGUGGCGAGGACCCUCACUCACGCGCUUGCCUACCCGCUGCACGCGCUGGCCCUGCCCUUCUACUUCGGGACCAUGGGGAUGCGGCUCAAAUUUAGCGCCAUGUCCGGCGCCGUUGUCGUGCCCGCCACCCUCCUCACCAUCCUCGGUCUCAUCGGCAAGUGCGCCGGCACCAUGGGCGCCGCCAGGUUCCUCCACAUGCCGCUCGGGGACGCCGCGCGCCUCGGCGUCCUCCUUAACAUCAAGGGCCACGUCAACAUGAUCGACAUGAGCUUUGCCAGCUCCGAGGGGAUUUGGGCGGAGCAGGCGCUGAUGGCCAUGGUGAUGGGCAGCAUGAUCAGCACCGUCAUCGCCGGGCCCGUGUUCGCCGUCGUGUACCGCAGGGAGAGGGAGGCGUACCUGUGCAACGGCCACCGGACGCUGGAGCGGCUGGUCCCUGACCAAGAGGAGGAGCUGCGGAUGCUCGCCUGCGUGCACGGCGCGCGCGCCGCGCCGGCGAUGCUCAGCCUCGUCGAGCUGCUGGCCAGCAAGCCCGCCGUGCAGCCCGCUGUGCACGUCCUGCACUUCUACGACGCCGCGCGCAAGCACGCGCGCGCGGGCACCGGCGGCGCCAAGCGCUACCACGAGCAGGUCCAGCUCGACAGCGACAAGCACUGGGACCGUAUGGACGACGCCGCCACGCAGGUGAACUGGACCGUCGACUUGUUCGCGUCCAUCACCGGUCUCGUCAUCCGGCAGAUCGACACCGGCGACCGCGGCCCCGUCACGAACCUGAAGACCAUCCGCCGCUGCACGGAGGAGGUCCACGCGGACGUCCUGCUCGUGCCAUACCACAAGGAGCAGCACUACGACGGCAGGAUGCUCUGCCGGUGGGAGGACCGCCGCGAGCUCAAUCUGAACGUGCUGGAGCGCGCCCCGUGCACCACCGGCAUCCUCGCGGACCGCCCGUUCCGGAGAGGCGGCACCAGCUUCCAGCUGCCGACCAAGAUAUCCACGAGCGAGGAGACGCCGGGGAGCUCGCGGGACGACCGGGCCGCCGCGCCGACGCACGUGGCCGCUGUCUUCCUCGGCGGGCCGGACGACCGCGAGGCCGUGGCACUCGCCUGCCGCCUCGCCAAGAAUGACACAGUCCACCUGACCGUCGUCCGCUUCGUGGGGCCCGGCAAGCACGACCACACCGGCGUCCAGACGGCACGCGGCGACGAUGACGCCGACGGGGAGGUGUCCGUCGUGGUGGACGAUCCCGACGAGUGCUGCAUGGCGGCGCUCCACCGCGAGUACGUGGCGAAGGAGCUCGCGUCGUACGUGGAGAAGGCGGUGGGCGGCGGGGCGGACGUGGUGGAGGCCCUGCGGAGGAUGGCCGGGGCGUACGCGCUGGUCGUGGUGGGGCGCGGCGGGCGGCAGCCGGCAGAGCUGCUGGCCGGGCUAGAGUGCGGGGAGAUGGGCCCAAUCGGGGACAUCCUCGCGUCGGACGAGUCGCUGGAGAUGGGGUCCGUGAUCGUCCUGCAGCAGAAGAAGGCCGUGUCGACGGCGUUCGGCCUCGACCCACCACCGCCGGCAGGGGUCUGACGCCGCAGUGCAAAUUAAGACGUAGAAAGUAUAGCUGUGUAUAUUUAGAGUCUAGAAUAAAUUGUGUACUUCGAAUUAAUAUAGUGACACGUCUCAGUUUGGCUGGAAUUUUUUUUUGUUCAGUUCAGCGAAUAAGCACCAAACAGGAAAGAGAUACUCCUUAUCAGUGCGUGGACAGU